AUGCCGGUCAGUAUACUUCUCAUUUUCUCCCACCACAAAAGAAGGAUAAGGUGUGAUGAGAGUAAGCCGAGUUGCGCGAAAUGUCUUCGAUCUGGAUGGAUAUGUGACUACGGUGCUGCAUCGGCCUCUUCCGAGAGUGAAUCCUCCCCAGCUACGAUAUCAGGAUCAUCAGCUCUCUUGCCCAUUGCCAGCUACUCCAUCCCAUUCAAGAUUCCCGGAAGCCAGAAAGACCGGAGACUCCUCCACUACUUCUGUGUCCAAGGAUCGGAGGAUAUCUCUGGGUUUCUGGCAUCGGACUUCUGGUCUCAAACCGUACUCCAGGCUGGACACGAAGACCUAGUGGUGCGGCAGGCCCUGGUUGCAAUGAGCUCACUCCACCUAGACUACAUAUCGUCAAGUCCUGAAAGAGCAUCGGCGGCCAGUCCCGAAACCUUAAGUCUGUACGGCAAAGCUCUACGAUCACUGGGGAAGCGGAUAGCCCAACCAUCAGAUGGCACUACAAGGACUGCUUUGGUCUGUUGUAUUUUGUUCUAUUGCUGUGAAAGCGCCAUUGGUGACCGCAAUGCGGCACUCCAACAUCUAAGCAACGGUCUCAAACUCCUGGUGUCUGCUCAACGUGAAAAAGUCGCCGAUGAGUCCAAGGGCAUCGAGAGCUUGACCACUAUCUUCGAGCGCCUGGACAUGCAAGCCAGUUUCUUCGAAGAUGACCGGUUACCAAUUCUUGCUUCACCCGAGUACAAAUAUGAAGAGCCAGAUCAUGGUCUGUUGCCGCCGGGGGAAGUCUUCUUGGGGCUGGAAGAUGCUCAGCAACGACUAGUUAAACUUCAAGCAUGGUUGUAUCAUUUUGUCAACAAGAACGCCGAAUUCUAUCAGGAAUCGAAGGAGUCGCUGAGCUUGGACAUCUUGGAAGAGAGGUCUUCUUUAGAGCAAGGGUACAAUGCCUGGAUUGAAAGCAUCAACGAAUUCGAGAACAGAGAUCAACACGAUGGCCAAACCUUGCACGGUAUUCGAACACUUCUGGUUCACUUUCACGUUUGCCAAAUGAUAUUGCAAUCAAAGUUCCCUCAAGAUCACGGCGUGUUUGGUGCUUCGCCUAAUCCGGCCGCUCAUCACAUACUUGAUCUGGCUGAGACCUUGCUCGAGCAUACUACACAGGUCAACGCCUCCCCCAGUGCUACCAAGACUCCACGGCGCAAUUUCUCGCUAGAAACCGGGGUUGUGGCUCCAUUGUUCGCACUGGCAAUCAAGUGCUCGGACGAUUCAGUGGCUACAAGAGCUGCUCAAAUGCUUGCCUCAUCACACAGAAGGGAGGGUUUGUACGAUGCUCAGACCAUGUCACAUAUCAUUAAUGAGCUAAGAAGGUCACGGGAUAGUGCCACGCAGAUCAAAGAGGAGAGUAGAGGUGGUAUAGAAGCUGUGACUCCACUAGAAUAUCAUAUACCUGAGCAGUAUGAUGGCGGUGGGAUAGACAAGCUUCUUUGGUCCAUGAGUCUUUGA